UAGCUUUAAGCUAUGAAAGAUUUGAGGGGGGAAACAAAUUACAGUUCAGUCCAAAACACAAUAUUCUCAUAAGUUAAUGACAUUAAACUUGGCAAACAUGAACCUUCGUUGGGAAAAAAGAGGCAGUAAAAGUAAGAACUUCAUAUGUUUCAAGAUAAGUAAACCUGAACAAAUUACCUUUAGAAUUUACAGAAAAAUAAAAAAUAAAUUGAAGAAAAUCUAAAACAAGGACUUGAGUAUAAGGAAUGUGUUUUCCAAAUCUGAGAUUAUUUGUGAGUGGCAAACCAAAUACUUAAUUUUAUAAGCUGUAAAUUGAUCCAAAAAGGCAUAAAGAAGAUUCGAAAUCCUCUGAAUCAGAACAAUUUGUUUGCAGAGUUUUGCUUUACGGUGCCACAUAGGUGGGAAUGCUGCAGGGGGUAACAAGGAGUCCGGAACCCCCCGAAUCUAAACAGCCGAGAGUUUUUUACCUCAGUUUCUCCCUUCGGGGGAAAUCAUCCUGCACAAUAAAACGGCAUUCAUUAAAAUCUCCUUCUUUCAUAGAGAGUGUAACAUGUUGAAAUGCAGAAGACUUUCAUUCCCCCCAUCGGUGCACGUCAGUGGUUUGGUCCCCUGCAUGCAGCCUCCAAAACCCCCCACACACUCUGGGUCUGGGAAGGAGCCUCUUUUGUGUGGAGCAGCCUUUGGAAGUGUGUUAGUGGCGCCCAGCCUCCUGUGAGUGAGCCAUGCCUUCUGUGUCUGGAAGCAAAUGCUUGAAAGAUGCUCAAACUCCGUGCGCAGACGAAGGAAACCUGCCGUACGCAGAGAAGAAGUGUCCCGUGGACGGAGUUGUGGAAAUCUUCCCCGCUGCGCAGAAGUCGUCUGCGUUCAGAGGAGACGGCCGCAUCGACGAGGAGGACAAAUGCCACCAAACGUGUGAAGAGAAUGGUGCGAAAGAGGAAAAGGCAGAAGAGACUGCUGCUCAGAUGAAGUGGAUUCGUCCUGAUUUACCCAGCAGAUGCAGCUGGAGGCCGGGCGCGCCGAUGUCAGAGUCCCCUCACAGCCAGCCGCCACGCAUCAAGCCACCAAGAAUCCUCCCCAACAUCCUCGGACACAUUGGACACACACCUCUGGUCCGCCUGAACAAAAUCCCAAAGGAGUUUGGGUUAAAGUGUGAAAUGUUUGCCAAGUGUGAGUAUUUCAACGCAGGAGGCAGCAUUAAAGACAGAAUCACAAUGCGGAUGGUGGAAGACGCCGAGGAAGCCGGGAUCCUCAGACCAGGGGACACCAUCAUUGAGCCCACCUCCGGUAACACAGGAAUCGGACUUGCUCUCAUAGCGGCUGUGAAAGGCUACCGCUGCAUCAUCGCGAUGCCUGAGAAGAUGAGUAUGGAGAAAGUAGAUGUGCUGAAGGCUCUCGGGGCAGAAAUUGUUCGCACUCCUUCAUCUGCAGCUUUUGACUCGCCGGAGUCUCACAUUCGCACAGCUUGGAGACUAAAGAGCGAGAUUCCCAACUCGCACGUCCUGGACCAGUAUCGUAAUGCCAGUAACCCCCUGGCUCACUACGAUACAACAGCUGAGGAAAUACUGGAGCAGUGUGAAGGUAAACUGGACAUGGUUGUAGCUGGAGCAGGGACCGGUGGUACGCUCACAGGCGUAGCUCGAAAGCUGAAGGAGAAAUGCCCCAAUGUCAAGAUCAUCGGUGUUGAUCCUGAGGGCUCUAUGCUGGUUCACUCAGAAGAGCAUCAAAGUGGUCAUUUCGAGGUUGAGGGCAUUGGAUAUGACUUCAUCCCCACGGUGUUGGACAGAUCUCUUGUCCACCAGUGGUACAAAGCGAGCGAUAGGGAAACAUUUAACAUGGCACGCAAACUAAUAAGAGAGGAAGGCCUCCUCUGUGGUGGGAGUUCUGGCUCAGCGAUGGCGGCAGCAGUGAAAAUGGCUCAGCAGCUGGAGGAGGGACAGCGCUGCGUGGUCAUCCUGCCAGACUCGGUCCGCAACUACAUGUCGAAGUUCCUGUGCGAUCAGUGGAUGUGUGAGAAAGGUUUCCUGGAGAGUCCGAAUGAGAUCGAACCCUGGUGGUGGAACAAGACAGUCCACAGUUUACACCUCUCCGCUCCGCUCACCUUCGCUCCAUUCCUGUCCUGCCAAAAAGUCAUCAAGGUCCUGAAAGAGAAGGCUUUCGACCAGGCGCCAGUCGUCAGUGAAUCUGGUGAGAUCCUGGGCAUGGUCACUCUGGGAACCAUUCUUUCCAGUGUGCAGGAUGGAAAAGUCAAACUAUCAGAUCCAGUCAGCAUGGUGCUCUUCCAGGACUUCAGACAGGUGCACCUGACGGACAACCUGGGGAAGUUAUCCUGCAUCCUCAAAACCCAAAACUUUGCCCUGGUGGUGGAUGAUCAGACCCAGAGUAAGAAUAUUUUCAGUUGUUCUGAAACAAACAAGCAUGUUUAGUUAAUUCACUGCUUUGUGUCCACUUAUUGGUACGACUGCUGUAUGUUUUCUACAUAAUUCUGCAAAUACUAAGCCAUUGCAACUUUGUGAAAAUAAAUUUGUCCAAAAUGUGCUUUUUGGGUG